GGAAGGGAAGGAAACCGUUGGGGUUGGUCUUACCUCCCACCCAGGCCAUAGACGCGAGAGAAGGAACCAAUGGCAGCGCCUCCCUCCCUCCGCCGCCUCCUCUCCCUCCGCCGCCACCGCCUCUUCUCCACCACCAACAGUACCACACCCGCCGCCGCUCACUCGCCGCCGCCCGUGCCCGUGCCCAACACCCCGACCCCAGAAUCCGUGCUCUAUAAUAUCAGCAGCCUCUCCAAGGACCCCUCCCUCGCGCUCGCCAUUUUCCGCCGUUCCGCCGCAGCCGGCCACCCCGUCGGCUGCGCCGCAUACAACCUCAUGCUCCGCACCCUCGCCUCCGACCCCGCCUCCGCCCAGUCCCACUUCUGGCCCUUCCUCCGCGACAUGCAGGACGCCGGCCACUCCGUCGACCAGGGUACCUACCUCGCCGCCCUCGCUUCUUUCAAGAAGGCGAGCCUCACCGCCGACUACGCCUCCCUCACCGCGCACUACACCAAGGCCCAGAAUGAGGCCAAGGGCGGUAACCCCAUCUCCACCGCCGCCGAGGCCGUCCGCUGUCUCGACGGCUCCGAGAGUAGCGCGGAGCUUGAUAGCAAACUGGAGGGCAUCGAUCUGCCGCUCACGGAGACCGCCGUGGCCAGGGUGCUACGGGAGUUGAGGGACUAUCCGAUCAAGGCUCUCUCCUUCUUCCGGUGGGCUGGGCGUCACAAGGGGUACAAGCACGGGUCAGUGGCGUACAAUGCCAUGGCGAGGGUGCUCGGCCGGGAGGAGUCGGUCCGGGAGUUCUGGGAGCUGAUCGAGGAAAUGAAGGCCGGCGAGAUGCACGUGGAUAUCGACACUUAUGUGAAGCUGUCCAGGAACUUCCAGAAGCGGCACAUGCUCAGGGAGGCUGUGGAGCUCUAUGAGCUCAUGAUGGAUGGUCCUUUCAAGCCGUCACAGAAGGAUGGGCCGGUGAUCAUCAGACGCAUCUCGCUGGGGCCAUCACCAGACCUUGAGCUUGUCAAUCGGGUUGUGAGGAAGUUUGAGGCCGUGUGGGAAUUCAAGACGAAGGAGUUGUUCGAUGGGAUCCAUAGGGCACUGACGAGUAAUGGGAGGUUUGAUGAGGCUGCAGAGAUUGUGCAAAGGAUGAAAGCUGAAGGCCACCGGCCAGACAAUAUUACAUAUAGCCAAUUGGUGUUUGGGCUUUGCAAGGCCAACAAGUUGGAUGAUGCUCGCAAAGUGUUCGAUGAAAUGGAGGCUGAAGGGUGUGUCCCAGAUUUAAAGACUUGGACCAUGUUUAUCCAAGGGCACUGUGAGGCUGGGGAUGUGGAAAAAGCUCUGCAGUACUUGACAGAGAUGAUUGAGAAGAACUUGGACGCAGAUGCCAAUUUGCUGGAUGUGAUAGUGAAAGGUCUGUGUAGCCAUGACAAGGUUGAUGCUGCUUACACUUUGUUUGUUGAGAUGGUGGACAAGGCUCAUUUGGGAGCUUGGCAAGGCACUUACAAACAUGUAAUCGGUGAGUUGCUGAGGGUAAAGAAACUUGAGGAGGCACUGCGCCUUCUGAGAUCAAUGAAAGCCCGCAAGUUCCCACCUUUUGCAGACCCAUUCCCUCCUCACAUCGCCAAGUACGGGACGUUUGAAGAUGCAAGGGAGUUUCUCAAGGCCUUGACAGUGAAUAACUAUCCGUCGCCUACAGCCUACCUGUAUGUUUUCAAGUCAUUCUUUGCAGAGGGGAGAUAUUCUGAAGCUCAAGAUUUACUGUACAAAUGCCCAAUCCAUAUCCGCAAGCAUCACGAUAUAACCAAGCUGUUUGAAUCAAUAAAAGUUGAGAGUGCUUCUUGACUGGAACGCAAGCAAGCAAUGGCUGGUGAUAUUAUGAGUUGCUCACCUAGACGGAUUUCCAGCACGAUCGAAGAAGCAUGUGAAAGAUAAUGCCUAAUAGAAACUUCAAGACUCGCUGGAUAGAUUGUAUCAGUGAAGUCCAGCCCUCCAGGUUUGACGGAGUUUGGCAUGAUGUAGAUUGGUAACAGGAAGCGGUGAUAUACUCCAGUGGUUUCUCUUUUGAAGAUGCUGCUUCCCUCGUGCACUAACAAUAUCUGCAGAGUAUUUAUCGCGUGGGCAUCUUAGUGUAGCUUUAUUCUGACCGAAGCUGCUGGAAGCCAGAUUUCAAUAAACAAGGGUAUUUACUUGUCAUGUCGGGCUUGAUGCCUAAAUUGCCAAAGUUAGACGGUUCGACAAGCGUUUGUACUCUGGGUUAAAAUCUUUUGCUGGUAGUGUUAUCAGCGUGUCAGAAAUUUCAAUCAUACAUUAGGAAAAAAGGUUCAGCACAGAGAACAUUGUUUUGUUUGGCACUAUCAAAGUUGAGUCUUUAACUGCAAGUUCUCGGAGAGCAGACUCUGAGAGAACUCGUGUUUUU